UGCAUCGCACCACCGCGGUUCUGCAGAGGAGCCACCCGUCCGUCGAAAUUGGUCAUUCGGUCGCGAAGGUGUCAAAAUAUUGGAACCUUUUUUUCGUGUGUGUUUUUGAAAAAUUAUUUUAGACCAAUUCUCUUUUCGGUUGCGGGAUUUCCGCAAGUGGACAAACACGUCGGGCGCGGUGUCCUUCGUCGGAAGCUUCGUCGUGCCCACGGUGUUCGGUCGCGGUUUUGACGAGCGGAAAAUUGGGCUCUGCAUGAAAUUGGCAAUAUUUUGAAAAUUUUUGCUUAGCGAAAAAAAAGGAACGAAGAGAAGUGGUUCGCAACUCUUUGUGCGUGUGUGCGUCUGUGCUGACAUUAAAGUUCUUGAAGGACCAGUUCUUGGAAUAAAAUUAUUGGUCCGUUCACCGUUCUGCAGCUGGAGGAAGGUUCUUCUAAACUAGUUUUACUUCUUUGAUUGAGGUGAAGUUCGUUGACGGCUGGGAGGGGGGAAGAAGAAGGAGAAGGGGCUGCGCGGAAGGUUGAAAUCGAUCCGUCGUAGAAUUGACCAUCUGAGCAGAACCAGGGUGUCCUUCCAGCGACGGAAUGGCGGAACCAGGCGUAGCAUCGCCACCUCCAAACCCACCGCAGGAACCUGCCCCGGGGCUGGGUGGAGGAGGAGGAGGAGGAGGAGGGCCAGGACCAGGACCAGCACCGCCCGAGGCAAACAAUGCCGCCAACAAUCCGAAUCCGCCGCCACCGCAGCCACCGCCGAGGAUGCGGAACAAUGCUCAGAAUCCGCUGAUUAACGUCCGGGACCGGUUGUUCCACGCGCUGUUCUUCAAGACGGCCAUCGCGUACGCCCAGAUGGUGCCGAAACCGGUCCGGCGAGCCAUCGAGCUGAUCAUGCUGCUGAAGGCGCUGGCCGCCUUCUUCAUCCUGGUGUACAUCCACGUGCACUUUUCGCAAACCCCGACGACCUGCCUGGAGCACGUCAAGAACGACUGGCCCCGGGACGGCAUCGUGCGAGUGGAAAUCAUCCGCCACAACCCGAACGCCCCUUCGCCCGUGACGAGCAGUUUGGCCCCAGACCCGAAAGCCCUGCUGGACCCGGACCUGCUGGACGACGGCACCGGGAACAUGCUGCGCAACACGCACAAAAACGGCAUGAUCAGCAUCGACCCGUCGACGACGUUGCCCCACGAGCAGCCGGACCAGAACCAAAACCCGGAACUGCCGCUGCAGAGCUAUGCCAACAGCAGUCCGUGGGCCGCGUCGCAGCAGCCCCAGCAGUCGCAAACGUCCGAGGUUUACCAGCCGUCGGCGUUGGUGGAGACGGCGGGUCCGCAGAUUGAAAGUACCCAGUUUGUGGGGGCGGCGGCGAGCAAGGUCGAGCCGGACAAGGUCGUCGUCGUUGAGGAGGAGGAGGAGGAAACGCUGACGGAGGAGCAGCGACUGCAAAAGGACUAUGGGGAAAGUGUAGUUAUCUACACUAACGAGACGAUUUUGAAAAAUUUGGAAAAAAUGAAGGACGAUCCGGUGCAGGCGGACGGGCUGAGGACCGACGUGCCGGAGAUGGAGAAGCUGAAGAAUGCUGUGUGGACCGAGGAGCAGUACAUCGUCGAGUACUCGCUGGAGUACGGCUUUCUGCGCCUCUCGGCGGACACCCGCCAGCGGCUCAACAUCCCGGUGCACGUGGUCCGGCUGGAUCCGCACGAGGACAAGUGCUUCGGCGAUUCGUUCUCGCGCUUCAUCCUGAAGGAGUUCCUCGGCUACGACGACAUCCUGAUGGCCUCGGUCAAGGUGCUGGCCGAGCAGGAGGACAACAAGGGCUACCUGCGGAACGUGAUCACCGGCGAGCACUACCGGUUCGUGUCGAUGUGGUGGAUGUCGCGCAGCUCGUACUUUGCGCCCUUCUUCAUCAUGCUGCUUUUUACCUUGACCAUCUCGAUGCUACUGCGCUACUCGCACCACCAGAUCUUUGUUUUUAUCGUGGACCUGCUCCAGAUGCUGGAGUUCAACAUUCCGGUGCGCUUCCCGGCGGCACCCCUGCUGACCGUCAUCCUGGCCCUAGUCGGAAUGGAAGCCAUCAUGUCCGAGUUCUUUAACGACACGACCACGGCGUUCUACAUCAUCCUCGUGGUUUGGUUCGCCGACCAGUACGAUGCGGUGUGCUGUCACACGUCCGUCACCAAACGUCACUGGCUGAGAUUCUUCUUCUUGUACCACUUUUCGUUCUACGCGUACCACUAUCGUUUCAACGGGCAGUACAGCAGUUUGUCCCUCUUCACGUCGUGGUUGUUCAUUCAGCACUCGAUGAUCUACUUUUUCCACCACUACGAGCUCCCCGUCAUAAUCCAGCAGGCCCAGCUGCAGCAGAUCAUCCUGCAGACCCGCGACGGUCAAAUCCCACCCCAGAACCAGGCCGGGGCAGCUCGGCCACCGCAGCAACGGGCCCAACCUGCAGCCGGUGCUGCAAACGGUCAACCCGGAGUAGCAGCAGCAGCAGCAGCAGGUCAGCAGGCACCUCUCCACAGGGCCGCCACCGUGUUCGAUGGGAUCAUCAACGCGAUGCGCUUCCAACGGUUCCAGCGCAACAACGAUAACAACAACAACAACCGGAACAUCCUGAUCAGUUUGCCCCGGUAUUACGGCUGGAUGACCGUAAACGGGAAUGCGAACGAUGGCGGCGGCGGCGGCGGCGUGGUUCCGAACGGGUUCGGUGAGAAUGCGGCCGGGGUGAACGCGACGAUCCGGAACAUUGCCCACAGUUUGGUGCAGAGUCUGAGGACGAACGUGGCCGCCGGGAUGGAACUGCUCGGAAACAUGAACAUCAACAUCAACUAUAACCACAACACGUUUGCCCAGCGGCUGUGGUUCGGCUUCGGAGGGUUGCAGAACAACAACAACCAGCGACCGGCCGUGGGGAUCCGGAUUAUCCGGCACGUGCAGCCGGGUGGGGUAGGAGGCGUCGGCGUCGUCACCGCCAGAAACCAGGAACCGGGUGGGGCGAGUGGUUCCAGCCCGGGCGGAGGACCCCGGCCACGGCCACUGAGCGGGGAAAGUAUUGCGGCCUCGUCGGCGGUAGAUCCGCGGACAAACUACCAGCGGAACUACGAGGCCAACAACUUUAUCUUCCCGGAGGCAGUACUUACGCAGCACCAGCAGCAGCAUCAUCAUCACCAGCACGAUGGCAGUCCGCAGGGCACGUCGUCGACCGUGGACGUCGUCGGCGAGGUCGUGCAGGUGCCGGACAAGUUGUACAAUAUUGAGGACAACUUAUCCAGCGUGGUCGGCGGUGCCGGUGACGCGAGUCCACGGUCCCGCAGCAGCAGCCGGUCGUCCGGAACGGACCGGCGCAACAGCAGUAACCCGUCGGCGGGGGAAAUCACGGUGGCCAGCUGCCGGCUGCCGGCUAGUAUAGCAGCGGAACAGACCGUUACCAGUCGGUCGUCGUCCGGGGCGGCGGAUUCGGUGAACCCGGAAGCCACGGCGGCGGCGACGGCCAACGGCGAUUCCAACAGCACCAGCAGCAGUGAGUUGCAGUCUUAAAGAAGACGACGAAGAGUUAAAAAGGUCCUCGUCGGAGUUGUGUACUGUGUUUGUAUACUUGCUUAUUUAUCUGUGAAUUAUGUUUUAAUGGAAAUGAUGAAGAAAACGAAAUCUUACACUAAACAUUUGAUGAAGCAAAGCGCGGCGGAUUGAUUUUUGUGUGUGCUAUAGAAGUGAGAAAACAAAAUGGACGAAAAUGAACCGAAGUUUGGUUCUGUACAUAUAACGAAAACAAGCAAAAA